AUGGCGGAGGACAGAGACCAGUUAGACGAUUACGCCUUCACAACUCGGGGUCAUGCGUACGCGAUUGAUGACCUCUACAAAAGCCGCGACCGCCCAGAGAUCCUCACGGCAAGAAAGCUAUCGUCAGUGACUUGGAAGGCUCGUCAGAAGACUGUACCGCCCCCUAUCAACAAACAGGCAGAAAAUAAGCCUCCAGGCCGCGAUGAGGUACAGGUACUAUUCGUCGGGCUAUUUCCUCCUACCGCCCACGAAGAGACUUUAACCAAAAAGCUCGCCAUCAAGGGCCCGGUAGGGCAUGCCCUGCCUAAGGAUGUGGGAUACGUGGUACAAUCAAUGCAGGGUCAGCCUGCUUUCCGUGUCGUCGUGGUCAACAAGUCUACAAUCCCAGAAGGAGGGUUGAAGUACUUUGUCCUUUUCGAAAAGGACCAUACAAGUGGGUUGUGGAAUGGUUUCACCAUCUCACAGGAAUUGAUCUUCUUUUUCCCUGAGUACCGCCACCCGACGAAAACGCUUAGUGAAAGGGGCAAGGACUGGAGCCAAAAAGUUCUCACCGCCUGCUCGGGAGGCCAUGAUACCAGGGCAGAGGGCGUAGCCCAUCACACCUACUUGGGCACGCAAAACGACCACCAGAUUGCUCGUCUUCAUCUCGAAAUGGCUAAAUUCCAUCUAACUCAGAACCCGGAAUCAUUAGAUGCUAUCGAAGAGAUGGUCAACAAUAACGACCGUCCCACGAGCCAACUGAAGUCGCUUGUGGAACUCUUGUUGGCAGUUGACGGAGACUUUGACGAAACCCAUGCCGAUGCGUUAACGACGGAGGUUAGGCGUCAUUGGAAUGGCCUGGACUCCGUGGUCUCAUCUGAUGGGUUGCUCUCCCUCAACAAAGGCAUUGUCGAAAAUGGCCACGAAAUUGACACCAAAUAUGCGUAUGUGUUUAUCGCGCUUGGCUGCACCAUGUUUGCUUCUGGAAGCUCGAGCAAGCAGAGCGUUGUAUGCAGCGCACUGAUGCUCGCCAAGACGCUCGUAUCGAAGGGGGAAGAUUUCGAUUUUGCAAUUCCACCGACACAGAAGACUCUGGUCAAGGACAUUUUUGUCGCUUUGCUGACGAAGAUUAAGCCACUCUACCAAUCGAUGACUGAGACGCAGAGACGCUUGGAGAGGCAACACGGUAAAUCUGUUCUGAGGUUUGAUCCUCGUGAAAUCUACGACCACAUAAUGCAGGCAAGAGACCAAGACACGCUGUGGCUCUUGAUUGAUCAACUAGUGGCGAUCAGGAGUGUUCAUGUGAUGGAAGCUAUGAGCCAACACGUAUCAGCGGUGGCAUCAAUCCGUGAUUACUUGAAAGAAUUCCUCGCUACACUCAAUGAGGCAGAUGAGGAAGACGAAGAGGAUGAAGCGGAAGACGAAGAGGACAUGGAUGGGACUGAUUAA